AUGUUGAAAGCAUUUAUUUUGUGCAUCAUAAUCUGUUUGCUCGAUGUCAGCUGCAGCUUCGUCUCUGUUACGGUUGCCAAGAACCGGACGCCGAGAAUUAACAUUAUGAAUCAAAGUUCCAGAACAAAUAUGGCUUUACAUUGUUGUAUUCAACGUGCUUUUUUCAAUAUCUCUUCGGACGGACGUUGCAGAUUGCAUAGAUGGUUUUAUGACGCCGAAUCGAGGGAAUUGACAUGCGUGUGCAUAGAGAAUGCUUCGACCAAAGCAAGCGGAAUGUUGUUACAAGGAUUGGAUGGUUCAAGAGCGAUUCCCUCGAUUUCUGCCACCAACUUUAUAGAAAAUCAAGAUCUUAAACAAGGGCAGUAUGCAUUUGAACUGAAAAUCCGGACAAAAUCGGAUCCAACGAAAAUCGUGCAAAACCUUUUCUCCGACGUCGCCAAAAGUAACGGUGCAGUGGUAAUCACGGGAUGCUAUCCAAUACCAGACGGUUCUAAUUCAUAUAACUGCUCUACAGUAUACAACAACAAGUACAGCGUUACUUGGGAAUUUCCUGAAAAUUGGAGUGGUCCAGCGCGGUUUCUUAAAAACAUUGUUUAUGAAUCGGGAAAGAUUGACUUUGAAAUUGUUGGAUUACAUUGGUCGAGGAAGUUGCCGAAUGAUUCCAAAAGGCUUUAUGUGGAUGUGAUUAUGUUAGUCGAGCAGAGAUCAACCGACGUAUGCAAGAAGUUUUUCGAAAAAACCACAGAUGUAAUUUUGAACUCAACAACAAUAUGCCGGCCGGAGUUCCUGGAGGAGGCUGUUCUUAAUCGUCCGAACUUCGUAGCGAGGAUAAAUUUACUAAUGCAAAUGGAACGGGAUGAAACAUGGGCGCCGGAAAUGCUAGCCCUGUCGCUAGCCAACAGGUUGAAGUGGAGUAGAUACAGCUGCAGGUUUCCUGUACAAAUACGGCAAGAAAUGGCUUCUUAUGUGCCCUCUGAAGCGGCUGCGCAAGGAGAAGACUUCGAAUAUCUGGUGACCUUCAUUAAGUCAGCACUUAGGAUACCAAAGGCAAAGGUGUUGUCCGAAGAGGAAUAUUGCAACACUCUCGUUGAAUUAGCGUCGGAAUUUAUACGGACAUGUCAUGUUUUCAAGCUGCAGGAGUACCAUGGAAUAGCUGAAGUUUUAGUUCGCAGAACAAACGCAUCCUUCUGGGAAGUACAACGUCAACUUAUGUUGAAAUUGAAUUCAAAAGACAGAGACAAUUGCCAUUUCAACGUGGAAGCCAAUUGGGUACCCAAAGGUUAUUAA